UGAUUUUGCAUUUCCGGGGGAGAGACCUGUAUGUAAACAAUACAGAUCUCUCCCCUGUUAGCUCUUGCACAUUGGUUUGUAUUGCUCUGCAUAGCAGAGCAAUACAAAGCACUGUGCUUACACAGCGAAACAAACACACAGCACAUAGUAAAGUUUGAUUGCCCCAGAUGUUAACCCCUUCCUGCCCAGUGCCAUUAGUACAGUGUCAGUGCUUUUUAUUAGCACUGAUCACUGUAUUAGUGUCACUGGGGAUGUCAGUGUCAGUUUCCCUCCAGUGUCAGAAUGCCCGCCACAGUCCCACUAUAAGUCUCUGAUUGCUGC